CUCUUAUCUACAUUUUAUCCAUACUUCAAAGCGAAUUUUUCUACAAUAUGCCUCGAAAGAAAGGGGUUUCUUUGAAGAGGACCUGCCCCCAACGCAGCGAACCUGACGCCAUGGACCUCUUGAACGAAGAACAAGCUGAUGCGGCCCAGCAAAUAGAUCAAGGAUCCCAUGGUAAAGACGAUGACAAUGACCUUUCUGUUGUUGCAGUGGCAAAUCCAGAAACAGGACGAGAUGAUGAGUCUUCCUCCUUGGCAGAAAAAAAUAAGGUGAUGGUCAUGGCCCAGGAAAUAAAGGCACUUGAAGAAGAACGAGAUUUUCUUCGUCAAACUGUCCUAAAACUCUCAAAUCGAGGGCCAAAAAAAGACAAAAAGAAAGUCUUGGACACAAGCACUGAAUGCAGCACCAGUGACACUGAUGAAGACUCCCUGACUUCCUCCUCCUCUUCAGAAUCACCUGAUAGCGACAUUCCUCGUAAAAAAAGGAGAAGAGGUCAUAAAAAGAAGAUAAAGAGGGCUAGCAGGUCAAAAUCUACCAAGCACAGCUCACGUGCAACAACCCCAGAUGAUGUACUGCAGCGGUACAAUAAAGUUUUUCAUGCCUUCAAGAAAGAAGGGAGCAUCAGAAAGGCUUGCACCAAAGUUGGGGUUGACCGAAAUACUCUCGCAUUAACAGCUGUUGUGGCUGAAAUACAGCUUGUUGAUCCAGAGUUUUACCGAAGCAUCCCGAAGUUCAGAGCCAAGGAGGAGAAGCUCUUUGACUUUGCAAAGCGGUGCCUGCAGUCACUGACAGCAGACCUCAAGUCUGCCAUAGAAAAUGCCAAAAAAGAGCGUAAACUACUGCCGAUAACAUAUAAGUUGAGAUAGAAAGACACAAAACCUCCAUGCUGCUCAUUUCAUUAUGUUUAGAUUUUGUUUUAAGGUCAAUUUUGUAAUUCACGUCAGUUCACGUUGGAUGUAAUUCACAUUGA